GCCGCUUAUCUCCCACUCCGGGUAAACCAAACUAUACUCCCAAACUAGCUUGAUUCGAAAGAAACAUCCAGCCCUUGGAAGAGAAGGAGAAUAAGGGUUCGCUGGCUAUGGCAACUGGCGGAGUGGAGACGAAGCAACCGGAAUCGGCGGUGCCAGAAGAGAUGUGCUCUGCGAAGGGGGCCGCGAAGCAGGGUGAGGGGCUGAGGCAGUAUUAUCAUCAACACAACCACGAGUUACAGCUUCUCCUCCGACAGAAGACACAUAAUCUGAAUCGCCUUGAAGCACAGCGCAACGACCUUAAUUCCAAAGUGAGGAUGCUUAGGGAAGAACUGCAGCUGCUCCAAGAGCCUGGAUCAUAUGUUGGUGAAGUUGUCAAAGUAAUGGGGAAAAACAAGGUUUUGGUUAAGGUUCAUCCAGAGGGGAAAUAUGUUGUUGAUAUUGAUAAAAAUAUUGAUAUAACAACAAUCACUCCAUCAACAAGAGUUGCCCUCCGUAAUGACAGCUAUGUCCUUCAUUUGAUCUUGCCAAGCAAAGUCGAUCCCUUGGUCAACCUUAUGAAGGUUGAAAAAGUUCCAGAUUCUACAUAUGACAUGAUUGGUGGUCUUGACCAGCAAAUUAAAGAGAUUAAAGAGGUCAUUGAGCUUCCAAUUAAGCAUCCUGAAUUGUUUGAGAGUCUUGGGAUAGCCCAACCAAAGGGUGUGCUUUUAUAUGGCCCACCUGGUACAGGGAAGACGCUCUUGGCCAGGGCGGUGGCCCAUCAUACUGAUUGUACUUUCAUCAGGGUUUCUGGUUCUGAAUUAGUCCAGAAGUACAUUGGAGAAGGUUCAAGAAUGGUUAGAGAACUUUUUGUUAUGGCAAGAGAGCAUGCUCCGUCAAUUAUUUUCAUGGAUGAAAUAGACAGCAUUGGAUCUGCUAGAAUGGAAUCUGGAAGUGGCAAUGGUGACAGUGAGGUGCAGCGAACUAUGUUGGAGCUUCUCAAUCAGCUGGAUGGGUUUGAAGCUUCUAACAAGAUCAAGGUUUUGAUGGCCACUAAUCGGAUUGAUAUUCUCGAUCAAGCUCUCCUCAGGCCAGGGAGGAUUGACAGAAAGAUUGAAUUUCCAAAUCCUAAUGAAGAGUCACGUUUCGAUAUCUUGAAAAUUCAUUCAAGAAGGAUGAAUUUAAUGCGUGGGAUUGAUUUGAAGAAAAUUGCAGAGAAGAUGAAUGGUGCAUCUGGUGCAGAGCUCAAGGCAGUGUGCACCGAGGCAGGGAUGUUUGCUUUAAGAGAGAGGAGGGUCCACGUGACGCAAGAAGACUUUGAGAUGGCUGUGGCCAAAGUGAUGAAAAAGGAGACAGAGAAGAACAUGUCAUUGCGGAAGCUCUGGAAGUAAUUCGAUCUGUGUAUUUAUCUUUGAAGUAAAACAACAUCUGUAUGGAAACACAGCACAAUGCCCUUUCCUGAUGAUUGUGCUUCAUUGGCAAGAUUGUGGGGCCCCUUAAAAUGGCUAAUCAUUUCAAAAAACGUUGGGUAUCAAUCGUCCAAUAUUUUCAAGAUCAUGUAGUUCCUGGCUGAGAUAUUUUGAACUGUUCUUAUCGUUUGGAUUAUGUGACGCAGAUGGCUAUAUUUUUACUUGAGCGAAUGAUGACAAGACUGGUUCUACUUUGUUUUGACCUGAUUUGCUGUGA